AUGAGCCUAUGGAAUGAUUUGCGAUUAUUUUUCACUCUUGUCAUUAUACUCGUAUUCAUUUUAAUUACAAUCCAAAGUCGUCGAUCAGAACUGAUUGCUCGGUUUGACUUUAUUUGGAAGCUUCAGGCAUUAGACGAAGGAAAAGAAAUGGAAAAAAGACAUGCGCAAAAUCGAGCUGUUUUAGAAAAUAUUUUGCCAGCGCAUGUUGCCGAAUAUUUCCUCAAAGAAAAUGAAAGGACUGAAUUGUACUCAGAAGCUCGAGAUAAUGCUGCAAUAGUAUUUAUUACAAUUACUGAAUUUGAUAAAUUUUAUAUGGAAUUGGAUGCUAACAAUGAGGGUGUUGAAUGUUUACGACUUCUUAAUGAGAUUAUCGCCGACUUUGAUAUGCAACUCAGUCGUGAUGAGUUUAAAUGCAUUGAAAAGAUCAAAACAAUCUCGACUACAUAUAUGGCAGCAUCAGGCUUAUUUGGUAUAGUAACCGGUUAUUCACAUGUUGUCGCCGUUGUAUUAUUUGCUAUUCGUCUUUUAGCCCUUAUACAAUAUAUCAAUGAACAUUCGUUUAAUAAUUUUAAUCUUAGGAUAGGGAUUAAUGUUGGUCCGGUGGUAGCAGGUGUUAUUGGUGUCAAGAAGCCACAUUAUGAUAUUUGGGGUAACUCGGUCAACGUUGCUAGCAGAAUGGAUAGUUCUGGUGUAGCGGGCAAAAUACAAAUAACGGAAGAAACGAAAAAUAUCUUAGAAAAAGAAGGCUUCGAGUUUGAAUGCCGUGGAAUAAUUAAUGUAAAAGGUAAAGGUGACAUGAAGACAUACUUCAUUAAAGUAUCAGAAGAAGACUUGAAUUUUGAUUUUAAUAAGAUCUGA